UGUACGCACCGUGUAUGUUAGUAAUGUCACUGUACAAAAAUAAAACCAAACUCUGUUUGUCUCCUUUUCUCUUUCCUUUUAAAGGAUCAUAAACCAACGUAAUCUUUUAAUGGAUUCUCUUCUUUUCUCUCGAUUUCUCAGCUUACCCACUUCGAAUUUCGUCAUUUUCCGGCAAUCUUUUUUUUGAUUUUCCGACCUGUCAAUAACUCUCCGGCCAAUUCUCCGACCAUAUUCAACCGCAAAGUUAAACCAAAGGUGGUUCACAUGGUCUUUUCCUUUUUGCCCUGUUUCAGUAACAUAAGGGUGUUAUUUGGUUAAGCAAGUUGUUUUCUUUUUUGGGACUUUUUUUUUACCAAGAAAAUGAAGAAAAAGAGAUAUGGAGUAGUCAAGUUUUAAACUUUUUAGUGAAUCUUGAUAGGAGGGUAUUUGGGUAGUUAAAUUAAAGAAAGGUUGAAAUGGGGCAUUUUUCUUCAAUGUUUAAUGGAUUAGCAAGGUCUUUUUCCUUGAAGAAAAGAAAGAAUAGUUCUGGAAAUGGGAAAUAUGAUGGUAGAGAUGCUGUUGAAGCUAUGGCUAAAGAAGCCAAGAGAAAUGACUUGAUAUUAAGGUCUUCAGGGACUGUAAAUGUUGAUGGUUCUAAGAAUUUUGCUUCAUUAUUCUCAAGGAGGGGUGAAAAAGGCGUAAAUCAAGAUUGCUUCAUUGUUUGGGAGGAAUUUGGUUGCCAACAUGACAUGGCAUUCUGUGGUAUAUUUGAUGGGCAUGGUCCUUGGGGUCAUUUUGUGUCAAAGCAGGUUCGGGAAUCGAUAGUAUCAUCGUUGCUUUGCAUUUGGCAGGAGAGUCUAGCUGAGGCUUCAGCUGAUCCAGAUUUGGAUAAAAAGGAUCAAAGGUUUAACAUAUGGAAAGAGUCCUUCUUAAAGGCAUGUGCAACUGUGGAUCAGGAGCUGGAACACCAUCCCAAAAUUGAUACAUUUUACAGUGGAACCACUGCUUUGACAAUAGUCAGACAGGGUGAGGUUUUAUUUGUAGCAAAUGUUGGCGACUCACGUGCAGUAUUAGCUACCACUUGCGAUGAUGGCAACUUGGUACCAGUUCAGCUCACUGUUGAUUUCAAGCCUAAUCUACCUCAGGAAACUGAGAGAAUACUGCAAUGUAAUGGUAGAGUAUUUUGCUUAGAUGAUGAAUCUGGGGUGCACCGAUUAUGGCUGCCCGAUGAAUCCUCCCCUGGAUUGGCAAUGUCUAGAGCCUUCGGGGACUAUUGCGUGAAAGAUUUUGGUCUAAUUUCAGUGCCUGACGUGACUCAAAGGCAUAUCACAAGCAAAGACCAAUUUGUUGUGCUGGCAACAGAUGGGGUAUGGGAUGUUAUAUCGAAUGAAGAGGCUGUAGAAAUUGUAUCUGAAACUCCAGAUAGGGCAAAAGCAGCCAAGCAUCUUGUUCAAUGUGCUGUUCGUGCUUGGAAACGUAAGAGGAGAGGGAUAGCUGUAGAUGAUAUUUCAGCAAUUGUACUCUUCUUUCAUUCUAAGCAUUUCUGUCAGCAUAUUUACCCUGUAACUACUCCAAAAUAACACUUGAUAGAAAACGCAAGUUUCUGUCUCUCGUGUUCUCCAUCUACCUGCCUUUGGUUAGUUUAUUUUUUUUCA